UGCACGAGAUCAUCCUGGUGGACGACCACAGCGAGCUCGACGAGCUGAAGGACGAACUGGAUCGCUGCGUCAGAGACGAGCUGAAGGGGAAAGUUAAACUGGUGAGGAACCCGAAGAGGGAAGGACUCAUCAGAGGACGCAUGAUAGGAGCCUCGCAUGCUACCGGUGAGGUCCUGGUAUCUGACAGCCAUUGUGAGGUCAACCAGAUGUGGCUGCAGCCUCUGUUGGCUCCGAUCCGAGCCGACCGGCGGACCGUCGUCUGUCCCGUCAUCGACAUCAUCUCCGCCGACACGCUGGCGUACUCGCCCUCGCCCAUCGUCAGGGGCGGCUUCAACUGGGUGCACUUCAAAUGGGACCCUGUCCCCCCCGCCCAGCUGCAGGGGCCCGAGGGCGUCAUCGCACCCAUCAGGUCUCCCACCAUGGCAGGCGGCCUGUUUGCUAUGAACAGGAAGUACUUUAACGAGCUCGGCCAAUACGAUGCCGGCAUGGACAUUUGGGGCGGAGAGAACCUGGAGAUCUCCUUCAGGAUCUGGAUGUGUGGAGGCCAGCUGCUCAAUCCGUGCUCCAGAGUCGGUCACAUCUUCAGGAAGAGACGACCGUACGGAUCACCUGGAGGACAAGACACCAUGGCUCAUAACUCUCUGAGACUGGCUCACGUAUGGAUGGACGAGUAUAAGGAGCAGUAUCUGUCUCUGCGUCCGGAGCUGCGUGACCGUAGUUUCGGUGACAUCAGCGAGCGCGUGGCGUUGAGGGACCGGCUGCAGUGUCGGUCGUUCCGAUGGUACCUGGAUACCAUCUACCCUGAGAUGCAGGCUGUCGCCAACGGCAACAAGCAGCAGCAGCAGAUGUUCAUCAACAAAGGCCUGCGACGCCCCAAAGUCCUGCAGAGAGGACGGGUACCUGAACACACCGCACAUUCAUGUUUCCAUGGUCAAACCGGGCGCUGCCUGGUGGCGCAGGGCCGACCCAGCCAGAAGGGCGGCGCCGUCGUCCUGAGACCAUGUGACACCCGAGACCCCGAACAGGUGACCUCACUUUAUAUGUCUGAGGGUCAGCUGGUUCUUGCAGGUCUCUUGUGUCUGGAUGUGUCAGAGGUCCGAACCUUUGAUCCUCCCAGACUGAUGAAGUGUCACGGUUCAGGAGGCUCACAGCAGUGGAGCCUGGGGAAGUCUAACCGGCUCUAUCAGGUUUCGGUGGGUCAGUGUCUCUCCUCGCUCAGGCCCGUCGGACCCAAAGGUUACGUUGCCAUGGCGAUAUGCGACGCCUCGCAGGCACAGCAGUGGCAGCUGGAGCCUGAUGACAUCACAGGAUGACAUCACACGCUGACCUGGCGACGGGACAGACGGCAUGAUGGGACGUUUUGAUGCUUUUAGAGACGAUGAGAUUUUACUCUGAGCUGCUUUGACUCACCUGGAGAGUCCUGGAGUCACCUGGAGUCACCUGGAGAGUCCUGGAGUCACCUGGAGAGUCCUGGAGUCACCUGGAGUCACCUGGAGAGUCCUGGAGUCACCUGGAGUCAC